AUGUCAGAUUGGGGAGACUCGGUCGCUUUUUGUUCUACAAUUGGAUCGUUGCUCGUCGGGCUCACUGGGAUAUUUCCGCUCCUUUUUGUCAAGAGAAACAAUAAGUAUGCAGAGUCAGCUUGGAUAAAGUACGUCCUCGCUUUCGGCGCUGGAACACUUCUUGGAGAUGCAUUUCUUCAUCUUCUUCCUGAAGUAAUGAGUUAUCAUGAGUGGCCUCUUGGCGCCCUCGCUGGAUACAUGUUUGGUUUUAUCUUUCAAAAGUUCUUUCCCGAAGAUGAUUCGGCCAAAACUGGUGCAUAUGUGAACCUUUUCGCUAAUUGCCUCGACAAUUUCACACACGGAUUAGCGAUUGCUGGUUCAUUCGUAAUUGGAAUUAGCAGAGGCUGGGCGACUACUGCCACGAUAUUGGUUCACGAGAUUCCUCAUGAACUUGGCGAUUUUGCAAUUCUCCUGCGAGGUGGGUUAACGAGAGGACGUGCUGCUGUUCUACAGUUAAUUACUGCAUUUGCAGGUCUUUCCGGCGCCCUAGUUGUCAUCUUACUGAAAGACAUUUCACCGGACUUAGUACUUAGAUGCGUGGUGCCUUUUACAAUUGGUGCAUUUAUUUACGUAUCGCUGACGAAUGUACUGCCAGAACUGAUGGAAGAUGAAAAGAACUACCACUGGAUCAUCCUUAAUAUUACCAUCGGUAUUGUAACGAUGGGCCUCUUAUCCUCGUUAUGA